UAAAGUUUUAAAACAUAAUGUCUGCAGCAACUAAAGGUAUCUAUAUUGUGGCUGCCAAGCGAACGGCCUUUGGAACCUUUGGUGGCGCCUUGAAGGGCAUCAACCAGACUCAGCUCCAGACGACAGCGGCCAAGGCUGCCCUGGACGCUGCCGGGCUCAAGGGAGAGCAGGUGGACACCGUCAUUGUGGGCAAUGUGAUAGCGUCUUCAUCCACGGAUGGCAUCUACGUUCCCCGUCAUGUGGGUCUCAACUGCGGUGUGCCCAUUGAGAAACCUGCCUUGGGCAUCAACCGCCUCUGCGGCUCCGGCUUCCAGUCGAUCGUCAACGGCGCCCAGGAUAUCCUGGUCGGUGGCGCCAAGGUUGCCCUCACCGGUGGUGUUGAAAAUAUGUCCCAAAGCCCUUUCAUUGCCCGCAAUAUUCGCUUCGGAACCACCUUGGGAGCCAACUACAACCUGGAGGAUGCUCUUUGGGCUGGUCUUACAGACACCUACUGCAAGCUACCCAUGGCUCUGACUGCCGAGAACCUGGCCGACCAAUACAAGAUCACCAGGGAGCGUGUCGAUGAGUUCUCCUUGUUGUCGCAGAAGAACUGGGAAAAGGGACAGAAGGAGGGUGCUUUCAACGCCGAGAUCGCUCCCAUCAAACUGAAGGUCAAAGGCAAGGAAGUUGACUUCGUGGUAGACGAACAUCCUCGCCCCAAGACCACCAUCGAGGGUCUUGCCAAGCUACCAUCGCUCUUCAAGAAGAAUGGUGUUGUGACCGCAGGAACCGCUUCCGGAAUAUGUGAUGGAGCUUCGGCUGUUAUCGUUGCUUCUGAGGAGGCCUUGAAGGAAUAUAACCUGAAGCCUUUGGCUCGUCUUGUUGCUUUCUCCUUUGUCGGAGUCAAGCCCGAGAUCAUGGGUAUUGGUCCCGUGCCCGCCAUUCAGAAUGUGUUGAAGGUAUCCGGAAAGAAGCUGGAAGAUAUCGACUUAAUUGAGAUCAAUGAGGCCUUUGCUGCUCAGACCUUGGCCUGUGCCGAUGCCCUGAAACUGGAUCCCUCCAAGCUUAAUGUGAACGGCGGUGCCAUUGCCUUGGGCCAUCCCCUGGGAGCCAGUGGCUCUCGCAUCACUGGUCACCUGGUGCACGAAUUACAGCGCAAGAAGCUGAAGUACGGCAUUGGAUCAGCUUGCAUCGGUGGUGGCCAAGGCAUCGCCCUGCUUCUGGAGGCUGUCUAAACUGGUUCUUUCCCUUUGAAACAUGCAUUUAAAAAUUACUUAGUUCAAAAAUUCCCUCUUUUUUAACCUCGUUAGUAAUAAAUAAAGCGAUAAUUUUAAUUUUA